CGUUUUUGAUGUCCUACUGAACUGUCAACAUGAAACUGUUGCAGUUAUUUGCAGUGUGCAUUACUUUGGCCCUGGUGGAUGCCAAACCUCCAAACAUUGUAUUUAUUGUGGCAGACGAUCUGGGAUGGAAUGACAUUGGAUUUCACAACCCUGAGAUUUUGUCACCAAAUAUUGAUAAGUUGGCCCAUGAAGGAGUGAUUCUCAACCAGUCCUAUGUGCAGCCUGCUUGUUCACCGUCCAGGGGAGCCUUCCUGACUGGGAUGUAUCCAUACAAAAUGGGACUUCAGCAUAUUGUGAUGGGUGGUGUACAACCAGUAUGUACCCCACUGAAGUACUCAAUGUUGCCUCAGAUGCUCAAGGAUGACCUGGGAUACGCCACACAUGCUGUGGGCAAAUGGCAUCAGGGGUUUUGUAAGCUGGAGUGUAUCCCCACCUGGAGAGGGUUUGAUUCCUUCCUGGGAUAUUACAACUCUGAAGAGGACUAUUAUACUCAUGAAAUUGGUGGCUACUUGGACCUUCAUGACGGAGAACUUCCUGUGAGAAACAAAACUGGUGUGUAUUCUGCAUAUAUGUUUGCUGACCGAGCCAUUGACAUCAUCUCUAAACAUAAUGCCAGCCAGCCUCUGUUUAUGUACCUACCAUUCCAGUCCGUUCACCGCCCUAUUCAGGUACCUAAGAAAUACACGGACCUGUACCCACACAUAGCCAGUGACAUGAGGCGAGGAUUUGCUGGAAUGGUUUCUGCUCUCGAUGACGCUAUCGGCAACAUCACCAAAGCUCUUCAGGAACAUGGACUUUACAAUGAUACUCUGUUUGCUUUUACUACUGACAACGGGGGCUGGGUACAAUGGGGAGGAAACAACUGGCCUUUGAGAGCGGGCAAGCUGACAAUCUAUGAGGGAGGAACACGUGGCGUGGCGUUUUUCUCUGGCAAGGGCAUUGAGAAGACUGGAUAUGUCCACAACGGAUUGAUGCAUGCUGUAGACUGGUCACCAACACUAAUGGCUGCUGCUGGAAAACCUUUCAGGGAGAUAAUUGAUGGUGUAAACCAGUGGGAUGCAAUCCGAACUGGUGGGGAAUCCCCUCGGACAGAGUUUGUGUAUAAUAUUGAUGAGUUCCAGCCUUUGAUGUGUGGUCAUGCUGCUAUAAGGAUGGGUGAUUACAAACUGAUCGAUGGAACGGGUGGUUAUUAUGAUGGCUGGUUUCCUGAGCCUGAGGUCGGAUUUUCUGAUGAGUUCGUCAAAAGUGACCUUGACCUCUUCCAGACCAAUGCCAUUGGUAACAGCACAAAGCGCUAUAGGUUGUUCAACAUCAAAGAUGACCCAACAGAACACUUUGAUCUGGCUGACAAACUGCCAGAUGUUGUGAAGAAGCUGGCUGCUCGAUUAGCUGAGUAUCACCAGCAGAUGUUGCCGGCUGACUACCCUCCCAGUGACAACGCUGCAAACCCCUCCCAUUGGGGUAACGUCUGGGCGUCAGGCUGGUGCUGAACACAGCUGUGUGUAUCAGAGAGAGGACCACCUCAACAGUUAAUUUUUGUCUCCACUAACUAAUGGAAUUAUACUUAAUAAAGAAUGCUGAAGUCAGCCAAAUGAUCAAAUUAUUUCCCCGUUCACAUGAUGUAGUUAACUCACUGAUGUAAUAUUGUUAGCGUACCUGCUCAGUUAGGUUAGCCCACCCACUCAAUUAGGUUAGCCCAUCCACAGGAUGUUGUUAGCUCAUUCACACAAAGUGCUUAUUCCUACUAAUGCAAUGUGGUUAUCCUACAUAAAUACAAUUUAGGUAGACCACCCACUCAUUGCCCACCUGCCCAUCCACAACAUGUUUGCCAACCACACAAAGUACAUGUAGUUUUUUGUCCUAGAAAGAUAAAAGAAUAACAUCUGUGGUUGUCUGUGGUAGCAAACUCAACUGUAACUGUACAAAAUUGUAUGAAGUGAGAACGAUGCUUGUUAAGUUAGGUUACAAUAGUGUAUAUAGAUGAUUCAUACUUGAUGCAUUGAUGCCUGACCUAUAUUCCGUGAAGAUAACGAGAGACUCGAGGACGUGCUACACAUGCGGUCCAAAUGACAGUAGAACGCAUCGUUUUCUUCUGUGACGUUGCAGUGCGUGUGUACUUCAUGUAUGUUUUAUGAGCACACCUGCACCGAUAAUUGUGAUGUAAUAAAAGAAAUAAUGAUUGAGUUCACAGAUUUGGACCGUCUUGAUGAAGGUGGGAAG